CGCGCUAUCUCUCUUAAAUUGCCAAAUUCCGAGCUUUCGUUUGCUAUAAAAGCUCAAGCAGAUGCCGGCUAUGGCACAGUUUGAAUUCUAAGCGAGAGCCAGCAGGAAAUCAUCAAUAAAGAAGACUCGCAAAACGAGAAAAAAAAAUUUCUACACAAUUAUGUUGGACUUUUACUACAUGUUGUACUCGUCACCCUGCCGUUCCAUUCUUAUGACUGCCAAGGCAUUGGGUGUGGAGCUCAACAAAAAGAAGGUUGACCUGAACGCUGGCGAGCAACUAAAGCCGGAAUUUAUUAAGAUUAAUCCGCUGCACACGAUUCCAACGCUCGUGGAUGGUGACUUUGCCGUGUGGGAGUCGAGGGCCAUACUCAUUUACUUGGUGGAGAAGUACGGCAAGGACGAUUCGCUGUACCCCAAGGAUCCCCAGCAAAGGGCUGUGGUCAACCAACGCCUCUUCUUCGAUUUGGGCACACUCUUCCAGAGCUAUGUGUACUACUACUAUCCGCAAUGUUUUGAGGAAGUCAAGAAGCCGGCAGACCCCGAAAACUACAAGAAGAUCGAUGCGGCCUUUGGGCAGCUCAACACCCUAUUGGAGGGGCAGCAGUAUGCGGCAGCGAACAAGCUGACAAUCGCUGAUUUUGCGCUCGUGGCCACCGUUUCCACUUUCGAGGUCUCGGAAUAUGAUUUCAGAAAGUUCUCGAAUGUGGUCCGAUGGUACGAGAAUGCCAAGAAGGUCAUGCCCGGCUGGAAGGAGAACUGGGAGGGUUGUCUCUACCUCAAAGAUUUGCAUUUGUCGGAAAUGUUGAAGAAGUAAGACGUUUGUUUUGAGUUAGCAAUAAAGUUGCAUCAGGAAUAUGUCAAUGACUUCCCAAA